CUCGCUCGCCCGCCCGCUCCGUCCCCGGCGCAACAUGGCUGCGGCGGCCGCCGCCGCCUCCUCCGCCGCCUCCCAGGACGAGCUGAACCAGCUUGAACGGGUCUUUUUACGACUUGGCCAUGCUGAAACAGAUGAACAGUUACAGAGUAUUAUAUCUAAAUUUCUUCCUCCUGUUUUGCUCAAGCUGUCCAGCACCCAAGAAGGUGUACGCAAAAAGGUGAUGGAACUGUUGGUCCAUCUGAACAAGCGUAUAAAAAGUCGCCCCAAAAUACAGCUUCCAGUAGAGACACUGUUGGUUCAGUACCAGGAUCCUGCUGCAGUUUCCUUUGUCACAAAUUUUACUAUAAUUUAUGUUAAGAUGGGCUAUCCUCGCCUACCAGUGGAAAAACAGUGUGAACUGGCCCCCACACUCCUUACUGCCAUGGAAGGGAAGCCUCAGCCACAGCAGGAUAGCUUAAUGCAUCUUUUAAUACCAACCCUUUUUCACAUGAAAUACCCUGUUGAAUCAUCAAAAUCAGCCUCUCCGUUUAAUCUUGCUGAGAAACCAAAGACUGUGCAGCUGCUUUUGGACUUCAUGCUAGAUGUCCUUCUGAUGCCUUAUGGAUAUGUGUUAAAUGAAUCCCAGAGUCGCCAAAAUUCAUCUUCAGCACAGGGUUCUUCAAGUAGUGGGGGAGGAGGUGCUGGAAUCCCACAGCCUCCUCCUGGAAUGAGCUUUUAUGCAGCUAAACGAGUUAUUGGUGAUAAUCCAUGGACACCUGAACAAUUGGAACAGUGCAAGUUGGGUAUAGUGAAAUUCAUAGAAGCUGAACAGGUGCCUGAACUGGAAGCUGUUCUGCAUCUGGUGAUUGCUUCUAGUGACACGCGCCACAGUGUAGCAACUGCAGCAGAUCUAGAAUUGAAGAGCAAGCAAAGCUUAAUUGACUGGAAUAAUCCUGCCAUCAUUAAUAAGAUGUACAAGGUAUACCUUGGAGAUAUACCACUGAAGACAAAAGAGGGAGCAGUUUUGAAACCAGAACUGAAAAGAGACCCAGUCAGUACAAGGGUCAAGUUAAAGAUUGUCCCCCAUCUCCUUCGUUCUAGACAAGCUGCAGAAACAUUUCCAGCUAAUAUUCAGGUAGUAUAUGAUGGACUUUUUGGUACAAAUACGAAUUCAAAAUUAAGAACAUUAUCCCUACAAUUUGUACAUCACAUUUGUAUAACCUGUCCAGAAAUCAAGAUUAAACCAUUAGGCCCAAUGCUAUUAAAUGGCCUCACCAAGCUAAUCAAUGAAUAUAAAGAAGACUCUAAGCUACUGUGUAUGGCAUAUUCAGCUGUUGGAAAACUCUCCAGCCGAAUGCCUCAUUUAUUCACUAAAGAUAUAGCUCUUGUGCAGCAGCUUUUUGAAGCUCUGUGUAAGGAAGAACCUGAGACCCGCCUUGCUAUUCAAGAAGCAUUAUCUAUGAUGGUUGGGGCUUACAGUACACUGGAAGGAGCACAGCGAACUCUUAUGGAAGCACUUGUGGCUUCUUACUUGAUAAAGCCUGAAGUUCAAGUCCGACAGGUGGCUGUGAAGUUUGCCAGCACGGUGUUUCCUUCAGACCAUAUACCUUCCAGAUAUUUGCUGUUACUAGCUGCAGGAGAUCCGCGAGAAGAAGUUCAUGGAGAAGCACAACGAGUGUUAAGGUGUCUUCCUGGUAGAAAUAGAAAAGAAAAUGCUGCUAAGCAGAUGCCUUCUUUCCCAGAAAUGGUUUAUUACAUACAAGAAAAGGCUUAUCAUAGGAUGAAAACUCCAGCCAAGUACAUGACUGGGACCACUGUUCUUCCGUUUAAUCCAGCAGCCUUUGGAGAGAUAGUUCUGUAUCUGCGCAUGUGCCUGGCUCACAGUGCGGGAGUGGUGCCCACCUCUCAAAGUUUGGCAGAUAUGCAAGAUCACGCGCCAGCCAUUGGACGCUAUAUUCGUACUUUAAUGUCAAAUAGCCAAGUGACGUCCUCCUCCUCCUCCACAUCUUCCAAGAGUGGAGAAACCAACCCUGUACAGAUAUACAUUGGCUUGCUUCAACAGCUGUUAGCAGGUGUUGGAGGUUUGCCAGUCAUGUACUGUCUACUGGAAGCUGUCUCAGUGUAUCCAGAAAAAUUGGCUGCCAAAUUUGUAGACAAAACAGAAUGGAUAAAGAGUUUGAUGAAUAGCAGUAAAGAAGAGAUGCGUGAACUGGCAGCACUGUUUUAUUCUGUAGUGGUAUCUACAGUGUCAGGACAUGAGUUGAAGUUAAUGAUAGAACAUCUUAUAAAGACUACAAAAGAUAAUCACAGCCCAGAGAUACAGCAUGGAUCCUUGCUUGCAUUGGGAUUCACAGUAGGAAGAUACUUGGCUAAGAAGAAAAUGAAAGUAGCAGAGCACCAAGAUCUGGAGACAGAUGCUGAUUUCCUGCCAGAACAAGAGGAGCUCAUUCAGAGUGCCACAGAAACAAUAGGCUCAUUUUUGGACAGUACGUCACCUCUCUUGGCGAUUGCUGCCUGUACUGCUCUGGGUGAAAUUGGUAGAAACGGUCCACUUCCCAUCCCAAAUGAGGGAUCUGGAUUUACCAAAUUGCAUCUUGUGGAAAGCUUACUAAAUAGAAUACCUUCCAGUAAAGAAACAAAUAAGAUGAAAGAAAGGGCAAUCCAAACACUAGGGUAUUUUCCAGUUGGAGAUGGAAAUUUCCCUCACCAGAAGCUUCUCUUGCAAGGUCUGAUGGAUUCUGUGGAGGCCAAACAGAUAGAACUUCAGUUCACCAUUGGUGAAGCUAUUACCAGUUCUGCAAUAGGAACUAGUUCUGUGGCUGCCCGAGAUGCCUGGCUCGUGACAGAAGAAGAAUAUACUCCUCCUGCUGGAGUCAAAGUGAAUGAUGUGGUUCCCUGGGUUUUGGAUGUAAUUUUAAAUAAACAUUUCCUAGGCCCCAACCCACAUGUGAGACAAGCAGCUUCAUACUGGCUCCUCUCCCUUGUAAGGAAGCUAAGCUCCCAUAAAGAAGUAAAGUCUCAUCUCAAAGAAAUUCAGACUGCAUUUGUUUCAGUUUUGUCAGAAAUUGAUGAACUUAGCCAAGAUGUUGCCUCAAAAGGCCUUGGAUUGGUUUAUGAACUAGGAAAUGAGCAAGAUCAACAGGAAUUAGUUUCUACACUUGUAGAAACCCUCAUGACUGGCAAAAGGUAUGCAUGAAAGUUCUCUGGAGAAACAGUGGUAUUUCAAGGGGGAGGCCUUGGCAAAACGCCAGAUGGUCAGGCCUCCUCCACUUACAAGGAGCUUUGUUCUUUGGCAGGUGAUCUUAGUCAGCCAGAUCUGGUAUAUAAAUUUAUGAAUUUGGCCAACCACCAUGCAAUGUGGAACACUCUUUUAGGGUGCUGCUUUUGCUUUAAUGUAAUUUGUGCUAGAGCUGGAGAACAGUGGCUCCCUUUCUUGCCUCAGCUAGUUCCUCGUCUUUUUCGGUAUCAGUUUGAUCCUAACCUUAGCGUUCGACAGGCUAUGUCGAGUAUUUGGAAUGCACUGGUCACCGACAAAUCAAUGGUGGAUAAGUAUUUGAAGGAAAUUCUUGAAGAUUUGAUUAAGAACCUUACCAGCAAUAUGUGGCGAGUUCGAGAAUCCAGCUGUUUAGCUUUGAAUGAUUUAUUGAGAGGAAGACCACUAGAUGACCUCAUUGAUAAACUUCCAGAAAUUUGGGAACUCUUUGUUAGAGUACAAGAUGAUAUAAAGGAGUCUGUACGAAAAGCAGCAGAACUAGCUCUGAAGACCCUAAGCAAGGUGAGAACAAAAAUGUGUGAUCCUGCCAAAGGAGCGGCUGGACAGAGAACCAUCGCUGUCCUUCUGCCUUGCCUUUUAGACAAAGGAAUGAUGAGUCCCAUUCAAAGGGCCCAGGUUCUUUUAACAUAAGUACCCUAGUAUUAUUUUCUAUGUGUCUGUAGCAUUAAUACUCUUGUGAAGAUCAGCAAAAGUGCCGGAGCCAUGUUGAAAACCACAUUGCCCCCAAAACUCAUCCCAGCUCUUCUGGAAUCCUUGAGUGUAUUGGAACCUCAAGUUCUCAAUUAUUUGAGCCUUCGAGCUACAGAGCAAGAAAAGGCUGCAAUGGAUAGUGCUCGACUCAGUGCUGCCAAAUCUUCUCCCAUGAUGGAAACAAUUAACAUGUGCCUGCAAUAUCUUGAUGUAUCCGUGCUCGGUGAACUAGUUCCUAGAUUAUGUGAACUGAUCAGAAGUGGUGUAGGUCUUGGAACUAAGGGGGGCUGUGCCAGCGUCAUUGUCUCAUUAACCACUCAGUGUCCCCAGGACCUAACACCUUACUCAGGUAAACUCAUGAGUGCUUUGCUUAGUGGCCUGACAGAUCGGAACAGUGUAAUUCAGAAAUCAUGUGCAUUUGCUAUGGGCCAUUUAGUUCGGACUUCACGUGAUAGCAGCACUGAAAAACUCUUGCAGAAGCUUAAUGGCUGGUAUAUGGAGAAAGAAGAACCUAUUUACAAGACCUCUUGUGCUUUGACUGUUCAUGCUAUUGGUCGAUAUAGUCCUGAUGUAUUGAAGAAUCAUGCCAAAGAAAUUCUGCCUUUGGCAUUUCUAGGCAUGCAUGAAAUUGCCGAUGAAGAGAAAUCAGAAAAAGAAGAAUGCAAUUUAUGGACUGAAGUGUGGCAGGAAAAUGUACCUGGUUCCUUUGGUGGCAUUCGAUUAUACCUGCAAGAGUUGAUUACCAUUACCCAGAAGGCUUUGCAGUCUCAGUCCUGGAAAAUGAAAGCCCAGGGUGCGAUUGCCAUGGCAUCAAUUGCAAAACAAACCAGCUCACUAGUCCCUCCAUAUCUGGGAAUGAUACUAACUGCUUUACUGCAAGGCCUAGCUGGGAGGACAUGGGCAGGAAAGGAAGAACUCUUGAAAGCCAUUGCCUGUGUGGUGACAGCUUGCAGUGCAGAGCUGGAAAAGCCUGUGCCCAAUCAACCCAGCACAAACGAAAUUCUUCAAGUUGUUCUGAAGGAGUGUUGUAAAGAGAACCUCAAAUACAAGAUUGUAGCAAUCAGCUGUGCAGGGGAUGUUUUGAAGGCAACCAAAGAAGAUAGGUUCCAGGAGUUUUCUGACAUUGUCAUACCUCUCAUCAAAAAGUAUUCACCUGAAAGCAUUGGCAUCCGGACAAAUAAAAAUGAAGAUGAAAAUGAGAAGGAAAAAGAGCUUCAGCUAGAAACUUUGCUGGGAGCCUUUGAGAGUCUAGGCAAAGCCUGGCCCCACAAUGUGGAGACCCAGCGUUGUUAUCGCCAAGAGCUGUGCAAAUUGAUGUGUGAACGACUAAAGCUCAGCACAUGGAAAGUGCAGCUGGGAGUUCUAAAGUCAAUGAAUGCCUUUUUUCAGGGAUUAAUGCUUUUAGAAGAAGAGCAUGCAGAUCCUGAGGCUUUGACUGAAAUUCUCCUUGAAACUUGUAAAUCAGUCACAUAUUCUUUGGAAAACAAGACCUACUCAUCUGUGAGAACAGAAGCUUUAUCUGUGAUAGAAUUGCUGCUUAAAAAACUUGAAGAAUCUAAACAGUGGGAAUGUUUGUCAUCUGAAUGCAGAGUGCUCCUAAUUGAGUCUUUAGCAACUAUGGAGACAGAUAGCAGACCUGAACUGCAGGAGAAAGCAUCAUUACUGAAGAAAACACUUGAAAAUUUGGAAUAAAUUAGACGAGGAAGAAAUAAACAAGUGCCAUGUUCA